CUUUACGCGCAUCGCGUUCUGUUGCGCAAAACCACUUUGUGAACACUUCGAACAUCAAACGAACCUGCAGAUCACAUCUUUCAUCCUGUGGCAAUUAUCAACUCGACAUGGCUCCUGGUCCUGUCGCCGAGGACGUUGAGAUGGACAUCGCUCAGGAUUACGAUGAAGACGAGGAGCAGCGACUCAUUAAUGAAGAGUACAAAACAUGGAAGAAGAACUCUCCUUUCCUUUACGAUAUGAUUUUGAGCACUGCCUUGACAUGGCCUACCCUCACGGUGCAGUGGUUUCCUGAUGUUAAGGAGCCGGAUGGAAAGAGUUGUCGUAUACACCGAGUUCUCAUCGGCACUCAUACUUCUGAAGGCAAACCGAACCAUGUACAGAUCGCCGAAGUCGAAAUCCCUAAAUCCAUCCGUCCCAAUGCGCACGACUAUGAUGACGAGCGAGGAGAGAUAGGUGGUUAUGGCAAGUCUCCGGCCGCUGGCGACACCACGGCCAUGAAAUGGAACGUUGUGCAAAAGAUUGAUCACCCUGGCGAGGUCAACAAGGCUCGAUAUUGCCCCCACAACCCUGACCUUAUCGCUACCCUGGCUGUCGAUGGACGAAUCCUCAUAUUCGACAGGACCAAGCAUAGUUCUGAACCGAACGGUAAGGUCAAUGCUCAGAUCAGCCUCGAAGGCCACAAUGAAGAAGGGUUUGGCCUCAACUGGAAUCCCCACACCGAGGGUUCUUUGGCUUCAGGAAGCGAGGACCAGACCGUGUGUCUUUGGGACCUAAAGACUCUGCAGGGCGGAAAUAGUAUCCUUGGCCCUGCCCGUCGCUUUACCCAUCACACCAAUAUCGUCAACGAUGUUCAAUAUCAUCCCAUCUCUAAGAACUUCAUUGGUAGUGUUUCCGAUGACCUAACACUGCAAAUAGUGGACGUGAGGCAGCCAUCCAACACACAGUCGUCUCUGGUUGCCAAAGGUGGACACAGUGAUGCCAUAAAUUCGCUGGCAUUUAAUCCAUCUACCGAGGUUCUCGUGGCUACUGCAUCCGCCGACAAGACCAUUGGCAUCUGGGAUCUGCGAAAUGUGAAGGAGAAAGUCCAUACACUAGAAGGCCAUCAAGAUGCAGUCACCUCGCUUUCCUGGCACCCGCAUGAGGCAGGUAUUCUUGGCAGUGCUAGCUAUGAUCGACGUAUAAUCUUCUGGGAUCUCAGCAGAGUCGGUGAAGAACAACAGCCGGAUGAUCAGGAAGACGGCCCCCCUGAGUUGUUGUUCAUGCAUGGUGGCCACACGAACCAUCUUGCAGAUUUCAGUUGGAAUUUAAAUGAUCCCUGGUUGGUGGCUAGCGCUGCGGAGGACAACAUGCUCCAAAUCUGGAAGAUUGCCGACUCAAUUGUUGGCAAGGACGAAGCUGAUCUUCCUUUAGAUGAAUUAGGAAGAUAAAGAAAUGGGGUAAAGCAUGGGAGAGCAAUGACGCAAGUUUAUAGCUCGCCUAUAUGGUGAUUUUACAAGGGCAACAGGAUGAAUAAGAGAAGGCGUUGAUACUAUUUUCACGACUCGUCUAAUCGCAAAUGAGCUGAAGCACACUAAUUCGAUGCUGUUUACCAAGGUACCUAGUAAAUACAGGCUCUCAGGCAUUAUGUUGCUGCUUUUCCGUUGAUUGAGAAUAGUCCUUUAAAUAUACUGUUCUGAACAGCUAUAUCUUUAGGUACAUAUGUAUCUAGGUAUAUACAUGUAUGUACUUAUAUAAGGUAUAACGUUGAAUAUUGCUUGUCUAUAUCUGACGUUGGGGUAUGGAUUUCCAUGUAGGCACUUGUGUGACGAGUUAUAUGCGUCGGUCCUGUGUCAAAACAUACAUAAUAAACGAAGGAAAAUUCCAUAUACC